AUGAAAAUUGCAUUCACAAUCUUGGUUGUCUUAGCCAUUAGCAAUGCUAGCUUGAUGUAAAAGUACCCACUACAAUAUGGUGGUAAAAGAAGCAUCAUGAACAUCAUGGUUGAAGUUGAAAAUAAGCUUAAAACCCAUUCACCACUAGAUUCAAUCAAGGGAAUCCUUAAUUCCUUUAAAUCAGCAGUCGCAUAAGAACAAGGUGGACAUGACGAUGUCUACAACGCAUAAAAAACUGAAUGCGAUAGUGAGAUCUCUUACAGAAAACUUGAAGUUGAAGAUGCCAAUGGCAAACUCAAAAUUGCCAAUGGUAUUCUAAAGACAGCCACCAUCCUUUUGAAAAAAACUUAAGCAACUCUUGGAGAAACCGAAAAUAUUUUGAAUACAGUUUCUCUACACAUUGGUUUAAUUAAUGAUGCCAGAAAGGAAGACACUCAAUCCUACAACAGAGGAGCUGUUUCCUUCAACGAUGCCAUCAAUGCCAUUGAUGAUUCCAUUGAUCUUGCUACUGCUCUAGCUAAGGGCAAAGCUUCAUUGGUUUAAGUUGCUGAGAUGACAACUAAAUUAAUGAAAUCGGCUAUUGCUACCAAAAUGAACAAGACAUUCAUGUAAGCCAUUGGUGCUUUGGCUUAAAUUACUUAAGAAGAAGAUUCAGAAGGUGCAGCUGAAAGACUCGUCUAAUUGUUAUAAACCUUGAGAAAUACAGUUGAAGAAGCUUGGGCAUCAUACACAGCAGAUAACACUACUGCUUUGGGUCUUUUCGCAUAACAAAAAGAUCUUUAUCUUAGUUCAUAAGCUAGACUUGACGAUGCCAAGACUCAUUUAAGUAGCAAAGCUGAAAACUUAUAAGGAACAAUUUCAACCUAAACCGCAGUUGCUUAAGCUGCUACUAACAAAAGAUAGAGAAAUUAAACUUUAUGGGAUGACGCUGCUGAUUUAUGUCACAGUUUCGAUGUUGAAUAUGAAGCUGUCACUGCAGGAAGAAGAUAAGAAUUAGUCUUAGUCAAUGAAUUAGAAAGAUUGGCUACCAGAAGAGCUGCUGAAUAAUAAUGA